UCGUUCGUUGAGCGACUUCAAAAGCGUCGCCGCCUGAAGCAGCACCAACCAGAUUAUGAGCUGCUGAGUCGGAUUCCGCCGACCUCGAGCGUUUGCAGCGUUUUCAGCGUCGCUCGAGCAACGUUCGGGCUGCAACGGCACUCUCUGCAGCCGUAUACGCUGGAAAUGCUUCUGUUCCUGCGUCAAAACGAGAGAUUUUGGGAUGCCCGUACGGUCGAAACGUCUGAAUAG